AUGAAACUUAGCCAAUCUUUAAGAGUUUUAGGGCUUAGCUCAUCUUCAAGCCAAAGUGAAAUCAAAAAAGCCUUUUUGCUUAAAGCUAAAAUAUUGCAUCCAGAUGCAAAAAGUGGCAAUGAAGAACAAUUCAAAGAAUUAGUCGAAGCUUAUGAAUUUUUGAAAAAAAAUGACAAAAAUUAUAAAAAUAUAAGCAAUAAGCCAACAAAAGGUUUUUCUAAAGAACAAUAUUAUUGAAGCAACACUAUGUAUGAGCGGCCACAAUAUGAAUGAAAAGAAAAGAAAAAAUAUAAGGAAGAGGGAAAUGCUGAAGCCAAAAAAGAAGAAGUUUUAGUUGUCCCAAGCUGAAUGAAGGUAUUUUUUGCUUCCCUAGCAAUUUUGGGAAUAGCUACAACAGCUUGGACGCUUAAAAACGAAAAAGAUAAUAGCUAUGGGCUUCAAAUAUCAGAGGAAUAUUUUAAGGAAGGCGAAGCAAAACAGAAAGAUUUUAUAUACUAUUUCCCAUGGAUAGCCUGGUAUGACGAGUAUUUGGUUCGACCAAAGAGCCAUUGCUAUUUCUGUAAAGAUUUGCAUGCAGAAAAAGCUCUUUAUAGGCCAUUUAAGGUAAUUAAGUAUAUAGCUCAGGGAGGCUUUUUGCUUGCGUUAUAAUUAGUUAAGCUAAUAAUUGGAAAAUAAACUCAUCAGUAAGCAAUAAGCAUUCCCAAGCUAUACAUAGCAGAGUUCUAAGCAAAAAGAAAAAUAUUAAAUUCUAA